CCGGCGGCGCGCGCGGCAGCGGAGGAGCUGCCUUCGGCCUCAGCCGCCUCUUCCCCGCCGCCCUCUUCCUCUUCUCCCUUCCUCCUCGUCCUCGUCCUCCUCCGCUUCAUCCCCAUCCUCCUCUUCCCCGUCGCCUCCGUCCUCCCUCCGCUUCAUCCCCAUCCUCAUCCCCCCUUUUCCUCCCCCUCCUCGCCGUCUCCAUCCCCGUCUCCAUCCUCCUCUUCCUCCCCCACCUUCCUCCCUCCCUCCUCCUCCUCCUCCUCUCCCGAUGGGCCCCCCCGGCCCGGCCACGCGGCUCUUGCCCCCCCUCGUUCUGGCGCUCGCAGGGGUCGCCCGGGGCACCUUCACGGUGGUGGCCUGGCCGCGGGUGGCCGUGGUGGCCUUCGGGGGCUCGGUGACCGUCAACUGCAGCCGCAGCGCCUGCCCGGGGGACAACGCCACGCUGGGGCUCGAGACCCCCCUGCCCGCGACCCCCGGGGCCGGGGGGCUCCGCUGGCAAAGCUUCCGGCUCCGGAACGUGUCCCAGUGGAACCCCGGCCCCGUCACCUGCUCCGGCCGCUGCGGCGACACCGAGGCCAACGCCAGCACCGGCGUCCUCGUCUACCAGCUGCCGGAGCGGGUGGAGCUGGAGCCGGUGCCGGCGGUGGCGGUGGGGGACAGCCGGAACGUGACGUGCCGCGUGCUGGAGGUGGCACCGGUGCGGAACCUGACGGUGACGCUGCGGCGCGGCGCCGAAACGCUGCGCACCGAGAGCUUCGGCGACGCCGAGGGCAGCGCCAGCGUGGCCGUGAGCCACCUGCUGACCGCCACCCGCGGUGACCACGGCCAGGACGUCACCUGCCACGCCGAGCUGUCCCUGCGGCCGCACGGGCCCCUGUUCGCCCGCGCCGCUGUCCCCGUCACGCUCUCGGUGUUCGCUCUCCCGGAGCCCCCCCAGCUGCAGGCCCCCGCCAUCCUCGAGGCCGGCACGGUGGCCAACGCCAGCUGCCGCAUCGCCGGCGCCUUCCCGGCCGGGGACAUCCGUGUCACCGCCGCGCUGGACCAGGAGCCGCUGAACGUCACCGCGGCGGUGGCCGGCGACACGGUGACGGCCAGCACGGAGCUGUCCCCGCGCAGCCCGGGCCCGCGGGAGCUGAGCUGCACGGCCGCGGUGGCCACGGUGGCACGGACGGCGCGGAGGCAGCUCCACGUUUACCGAUUCCCGGCGCCCGCGCUGGAGCUGAGCCCGGCCCCGGCCGCGGCGGGCAGCGAGGUGACGGUGACUUGCCACGCCGGGGCCACCGAGCCGCCCGCGGCGCGGCUGCAGCUCCGCGAUGCGGACGGCGGCGUCCUGGCCGAGGGCCCGCAGCCCCGGCUGCAGCUCCGGUUGGUGGCUCGGCGCGACGACGACGGCCGCGAAUUCCGGUGCCGGGCCAGCCUGGCGGUGGGCGACAGCGUGGUGACAAAGGACGCGGACGCGCGGCUCGCGGUGCUCUAUCUUCCCGAAAUCCCGGCCAGCGGCUGCCCCGGCAACCGCACGUGGGUGCGGGGCACGCGGGAAGCGCUGUCCUGCCGCGCCACCGGCAACCCCGAGCCCACCGUGGUGUGCGGCCGCGACGGCGUCGCCGUGGCCACCGGCGAGCCCGAGCCGGUGACCCGCUCGCGCGCGGGCACCUACCUGUGCAACGCCACCAACGCGCUGGGGACGCGCAGCCGCCGCGUCACCGUCCGCGUGGAGUAUGAGCCCACGCUGUCCGAGUCGGGGUGUCCGGCACGCCAGGUCUGGGUGGAGGGGCAGCGGCGGGAGCUGGAGUGUCGCGCCGACGGGGACCCCCCGCCCAGCACGCGCUGUGCCCGCGACGGUGGCACCCGCGACGGCGGCACUCGCCACGGUGGCAUCCAGCACGGCGGGGUCGCCCGCGGCCGCGUGGUCACCCGGGCUGAUGGCGGCCGCUACGUGUGCAGGGCCACCAACCGGCACGGGGUGGCCGUGAGGAGCGUCGUUGUCACCGUGGAGUACCAGCCGAGCCUCGGCGAGCGCGGCUGCCCCGAGCGGCGGCGGUGGCUGGAGGGGACCCCGGCCGAGCUGGGCUGCGCCGCCACCGGGAACCCCCCGCCCCGCGUCACCUGCGCCAAGCUGGGCGACCCCCGCCACCCCGCCAACGCCACCGAGCUGGGCGACAGCCAGGACCCCCCCCGGGCCACCCGCAAUGUCACCCGCGCCCACGCGGGCACCUACCGGUGCCGGGCCACCAACGCGCACGGCUCCGCCGUCCGCAACGUCACCGUGGCCGUGGAGUACGGCCCCGCCGGUGUCACCCUGCGCGUCCUGCCCUCCGCCAACGUCACCCGCGGCAGCGGCUUCACCGUGGACUGCGGCGCCGAGGGGGUCCCGGCGCCCACCUUCGCCUGGGCGCUGCCCCCCGCGCCCAACGUGCGCCUGGCCGCCGACAACCGCUCGGUCACGGUCACCGGGGCCACCGCGGCCAACCGGGGCGUUUACACCUGCACGGCGAUUUUUCCCCUGUUUUUCCUGGGGAAGAGGCGGGAAUUGCCCGUCCCCACUUAA